UGAACUGAGAACCCAGCUCCCAGCCCGGAGCCACCGGCUCAGCAUGGAGCCAGCUCGCCUUCUGCCUCUGCUGGCCUCGCUACAGAUGCUCCCCUGGCCGGUGUCCCCUGAAGCCUGGCCGCCUGCCCUCAAACUGACUGUGAGCCCACAACACCGUGUCUUCCUAAGUGGAGAAUCUAUGACCCUGACGUGCUCAGCUACCAGCACUGACACCGUGUCUGGGAUCCGGUUCUUCAGGGAUGGCAAGAGCAUCGACUAUGGAGAGCUCCAGCAGUCUCAGUCCAAUGCCAAAUUGCUUGAACUGUCGCGUGUGUCUGAGUCAGAUACUGGAUUGUACAGCUGUGAAUCAUGGAAGACAGAGUCUGAGCGAGAGAUCCCAUCAGAGAGGAGCCAAACCAUCUCCAUCACAGUGACCGCCCGGCCGCCUGCCCCCACACUCUCUGUGAGCCCACAACACCGCGUCUUCCUACGUGGGGAAUCUGUGACCCUGACGUGCUCAGCUCCCAGCACUGACACCGUGUCCAGGAUCCGGUUCUUCAGGGAUGGAAAGGAAAUCAGCUCUGCAGAUAUCAAGCCAAAUGCCAAAUUUCUUCAACUGUCGAGUGUGUCUGAGACAGACGCUGGAGAGUACAGCUGUGAAUACUGGAAGAAAGAGUCUGAGCGAGAGAUCCCGUCGGAGAGGAGCCGAACCAUCUCCAUCAAUGUGACCGCCAGGAUGCCUGCCCCCACACUCACUGUGAGUCCAUCAUACCGCGUCUUCCUACCUAGGGAAUCUGUGACCCUGACGUGCUCAGCUCCCAGCACUGACACCGUGACCCUGAUCCAGUUCUUCAGGGAUGGCCAGAAAAUCAACUCCAAUGUCAAAUCUCAUCAACUGUCGAGUGUGUCUGAGAGAGACGCUGGCGCGUACAGCUGUGAAUACUGGAAGAAAGAGUCUGAGCGAGAGAUCCCAUCGGAGAGGAGCCGACCCAUCUCCAUCACAGUGACCG